GUGUGUGUGUGUGUGUGUGUGUGUGUGUGUGUGUGUGUGUGUGUGUGUGUGUGUGAAUGGUGCACACCAACAUGGCGGAACCCAUGGAGCUGCUCUGCUGGGGAGGCGACUGGGAUCUGCCAUCCGUGCACACAGACUCUCUCAUCGUGCUGGCAUAUGUAAAAUUUUCAGGUGCGAAACUUGCAGUAAAGUCUAUUGACUGGACAUGGAGGACUAUCACAGCAUCUGUGCCACAGCUACACUAUGAGGGAUCCACAGUCACAGAACCAACACAAAUUCUAAACUUCCUACGAAAACAGAGAUUCAAUGCCGACUAUGAGCUGACAGCUAAGCAAGGUGCAGAUACGAUGGCUUAUAUCGCCCUCCUGGAGGAAAAGCUGCGGCCAGCACUGAUGCACACAUUCUGGGUGGAUGCAGAGAACUAUGCUAACCUGACCCGACCCUGGUUUACGUCACAUUCCCCGUUCCCCCUUAACUUCUUUGUACCGGGUCGACAGGCCAGCUUGGCUCUGUCCCGAAUCUUACUGACCAAAGCAGAGUCGCCAUUGCUGAACAUCACAGAAGUAGAGGGAAAGAUCUACAGUGAAGCCAAAGAGUGCCUGAACUUGCUCUCCCACAGACUUGGGAACUUCCAUUUCUUCUUUGGAGACACGCCUACAAGCCUGGACGCCUUUGUCUUUGGCCAUAUCGCCCCUCUAAUUAAAGCCCCUCUGCCCAGUGGGCAGCUUCAGAAGCACCUGAACCAACUUGAUAACCUCUGCCAGUUCUGCAACACCAUCCUUAAAAACUACUUUACCGAUGCCCCUGCUGAGAAGAGAAUGGACUGCUCACCGACGGCUACCCAUGAUCCUGUCGAUGCAAACCUCCAGAAACUGACACAACUUGUUAACAAAGAGUCCAACCUUAUUGAAAAGAUGGAUGACAAUCUCCGCAGCAGUCCACAGCACAGACCGCACAGACAUGAGACCAAACCCUCCGCCCUGGCCAGCGAGAGGAUCUCCACCCCUCCCUGAUAAACAAAGCACUGACUUUACCAUCGUUUAUUUAUUUUCCAUUGAAAUUUAAAUAUUUACAAAUGUUAUUUAUAAUUUAAGAUACUUGUGCAGUCAUAAUAAAUUAAUACUUGCUUUUCAUGAUUCAGUUGUUGAAAUGUGUUAGACAAUCUAACACUCAAACAAACAGCAACAUAAAGGGCUUGUAUUUUAAAAUAAUUAGCACAUGUGGCAACUACAUAUAAAAAGGAAAAUGCUUUUUAGUAGCCUAAUAUAAACAUUGAGCUGACAGUUGAUAACUUAAGAUACAAAUGCCAUAGUUUAAAAGAGAAGUGAGUUGCAUUUUCCAUGAUCAGUUUUCCUAGCGGUCAUUGACUUUUCAAACAUCAUUGUAUGUGGAACUUUGAAUGCACUAGCUGGUUUUCCAAAUGCAAAAGGUUUUGUGUGUUUUAUGAUGUUUUUAUUUAUUUUUUCAAUCCUGCCCCAGCACAAGUACAGGUACAUUAAAAGCUUUAUGGUUUAUAUACUAGGUGUUCAGCUUUUAUUCUAUGGUUUCAUCAUAUGGUUCUUUAUAAUAAUCAAAUUAGGAGUUUAAAUUUGGACAUCUUUAAGGUUCAUAAGAGUUUAAUUUUAGUGCACAUGGCAGGUUAACUCUCACAUACUGUAGAAGCAUUGUGCCUCAUUACAGCAUACUUCUCUCUUAUUUGAACUGAUCUUUCUAUUGAUUUCACUUGAUUGUGUAACUUUCCACAUUCUUGACUUUCGGUGCAAAGGGAUCUUUCUUGACAUCUGAUUUUGUGUACUGUGUAUACAUUUAUUGUUCUUCAUAUUCUCCUGGAGGUUUUAUACAUGCAAGGAAUGCCUUAAAAGUAAUGCCACGCCAUCACAUCUGACUGUAUUUUUAAUGUAAUAGGUCAUUCAUUGUUUCAAGAAAUUGUAUAUUUCAAAAUAUAUGUACAUAUAUGCAAUAAAGGGAAGUUCUUUGAAA